CCAGCUGGUGCAGAGACCAUGCAGCUUUCAAGGCUUUCCUGGUUUUUGUCAUCUCAAAUGACAAGUCAUGUGAUACUGAAGCCCUGAAGUCCGGGUUUCCUCACUCAAGGCUGAUUUUUCACGCUGGACACCGAGGAGCUGGAAUUAAAAUGCUACAUCUUGUCGUAAUUAUUGGCCUUUUGGCUUCUGUCUCCAGCAAACCCUGCGGGACAGCUGAAUCCAAACGAGAGCUGCUCACGUCGCUCAACAUGAACCUCCUUCGCUCUGUGGACAAUCCGGGAUUGCCCAAUCCCAGCAUCCACUUGGCCCUACGUCUUUCUAAUUAUCACAGUCUCGCUAAGGAGGCAGAAUAUCUUAAUAAACUGAAUAAUCAAUUGCACAAUGACAUUCAAAGUUCAAUCACAAACAGCCAGCCUGUGACUGGCAUUUUGGCGCUGUACGGUCUGGCAUUAAGGUCCUCCUGCUACGACCUCACCACCAUCACCUUCACUGUAGGUGACCAUAGCGAGAACCUGCUGACACACCUGAAGAACCAGAUGGAACAGGAGAAAGAGCAUAUCGUCGUCAAUCGUCGCCCUUUGACCAACUACUACCAGUACAGCCUGGGUCUGCUGUCUCUGUGUGUGAGCAGCAUCAAGGUCCACAACCAUGUCAGCCACAAGGUCAUCGUAGCAGCCGAUAAGAACGACUUCAAACUUGGAGAAACGGAGAGUAUUGAUACCUAUGCCAUGGCUGGAAUGGCACUCCAGUGUGAGAAGGACUCUGGGUUAUAUAUGGGCAACUUCACUGAGCUCAACAUCGCCCUCAGCGAGAUUAAGAAGAAGAUUCUGGAUUCUCGUAGGCCUGAUGGUCACAUGGGCAAUGAGUUCAGCACAGGUCUGGCAGUUCAGGCCUUACUGGCAAUGGGCAGCGAUGUUGCAGACUGUGCAGACUCAAUGGUGGCCAUGAGGACAGCUGCCAGAAAUAAUGUGUAUCACAACCCCAUGGCCAUUUCCCAAAUGCUGCCAGCUCUGCAGAAAACAUCCUACCUGACUCUAAAAAGCAAGCAAUGCCUCAAUGAGAGUGACUCUCUGGUUCUGGCGUCAACUAAUCCUACCGUGCCUGUACCAAGCAGUAUCAAUGUGCAUGUAAUUGUGAAGGUUGUGACAUCCAGCAAAGCCGAGGUUGUUUACUCUGUGGAUGUGCCAAAGGGCAGCUCUCUGUUAGAGGCCCUCAACCUGCUUAAAACAAAAAAUGUUGGCUUCACGUUUGAGCUGGAGCCCAGCCUGUGGGGACCUUUCCUAAGCUCUGUAGAUGGAGAGCAGGCCAGGCAAAGUGAUCGCAGAUACUGGCACCUCUCCUCCGACGGCACGGCACUAACGGAGGGUGUCAGUGAUUUCAAGAUUGAAGUGGCUCAAAAGAUCAGGAUCGAAAACACCAGCUACUGAGGACGCAGCUGUGAUUGAUCGGAGUUACAAUUUUUGCAACUUAGCUUUUUUUUUUUUUUACUCUGUUCUGUGAUUGUACAAAAUGUUCUGUUCUUAUCUUUUACAAGUAGAUUUACUGCAUGGAAAUAGGUGGGAAGCUUGAAUGAAACUCUGAUUUGGGAUUACUUCGUCUUUGCCUGUAGUAUUUUCCCUCCAUUUAAAAUGUUUUCGAUGAUCAACUUUCUUUGUAAGCAUUUAAUAAAUUUG